UCCUUCAGGCGGCACCUGCCGCGGCAGAUGCCCGUGUCCAGCGUGGACAGCGGGCCGGGCGCCGAGCCCACACUGCCCCGGGGCGAGACCAGCACCGGCAUCGGGCGCAUCAAGCCGGAGCUGUACAAGCAGAGGUCGGUGGACUCUGACGGCGGCGGGCCGGACGCGCCCACCCGCGGGAAGCUGCACUUCGGCCUGCGCUACGACUACGAGGGCCAGCUGCUGGCGGUCAGGAUGAUCCAGGCCCUGGACCUCCCGGCCAAGGCCGUCACGGGCACCUCCGACCCCUACGUGAAGCUGUACCUGCUGCCGGACAGGAAGCGCAAGUUCCAGACGCGCGUGCACAGGAAGACGCUGCACCCCGUCUUCGAGGAGACCUUCCAGUUCCCCGUGCCCUACGCGGAGCUGGGCGCCCGCCAGCUGCACCUGAGCGUGUACGACUUCGACCGCUUCUCCCGGCACGACAGGAUUGGCGAGGUGACCCUGGACAACCUGCUGGAGGCCUCCGACCUCUCCCGGGAGGCCUCGGUGUGGAGGGAGAUUAACUGCCCCUUGCAGGAGAGCGUGGACCUGGGGGAGGUCAUGUUCUCCCUCUGCUACCUGCCCACCGCCGGGCGCCUGACGCUGACGGUCAUCAAGUGCAGGAACCUGAAGGCCAUGGACGUCACUGGUUCCUCGGGUAGGCGUGGGGGAGGGGCGCUCGGGCCUCAAAUACUCUGCCCUGAGGGCGAGAUCCGGGAGGAAGACUGGUAG